AUGUCUCGCCGCCUUGUGUUACGCGUUCCGAAUCCGAAUGCAGCGUCUGCUCGGCCAGCACCCGCUGCGUCGACACCAGAGGAUGCCACAAGUGAAUCUGGACAAGUCGAAUCGACAGGAGAUGCGAUGGAUGUUGACGAGGGAGGGGAGAUGGACGAAGAGGGAGAGGAAGUUGACGUUGAAGACGAGGAAAUAGACGAAGGUGCCGAAUAUGACGAAGGUGGUCUCCAGGAACAAGAGCAAGAUGACGGAGAAGGAGAAGGGGAGGGAGAAGGCAGUGGAGAGCAGGAUGUUGAAGGACAGGACGAUGAACCCGCUGAGGGAGAGGAGGGAGGGCCAAGCGACCGAGGACAAGGCAGGGGCAGGCCUAGAGGAAGAGGAAGACCUCGUGGUAGGGGCAAAGGCGCCGCUCCGGUCCCGGCUACCCCCAAGCCGAGGGGCCGAGGAAGAGGUAGGCCGAGAGGUCGACCACGGGGUUCUGGUCGUGGUCGUGGUGUUGCUCGUCCAAAGGAGGGAAGUCCAAUAGAGCUACCCGAAGGGUACGAGGGCCCCAAACCAUACCGAUUCGUCAAUGGCCAAGCGUUAUUCUUGAAAAAUGACGAACUUACAAUUGAUGACGAUCCAAAGGGAGAUGAAAAGAUUGACGCCCGAGGAAAUUUGCUUGGAGGCCGCGAGUUCAAGGCACCCACAUUCUCUAGCCCAUGGCGUGACGAUCCAGAACGACAAUACAUGCUAUCCAUAGAUGCAGCACGAACUUCGGGGUUCCGUGACUCGUUGUACUACUUCCGGCAUGUCCAGUCAAUGGUCUGUUUAAUCCUGUCCAUUGACCCCCUUUUUAGGCGCAACCCACAGCUUCUUAAGCUCCCAUUAAGCCAAGCAGAAAAGGACAUGCUGAUCGACAUUGGUCGAUUACCCAACUCCCUUAAAAGCCGAAGUGUUACGCUCAUCACCGCACGAAGCGCCUACAAGGUUCAUGGAGCUAAGAUGAUUAAGGGCGGACGCUGGGUGGUAGACGAUUACUAUGAAGAUCGUGUUCUCGCCGAUGGCAAAGUCGCUGGUGAUCUAGUUGGCGAUGUCCUCCAAGAACCCCUUGAUCCCGAACAGCACCAUCCCUCUAACGCAGCACCCGCCACUAGCGCUUCCGGCGGAGUGUACCGAGUAGGUGGACCUUCGACGCUGUAUGGCGGCCCAGGGGACGACACUGGACCAUCCAUAGAAUUCGCUUGGCCGCCUUUGCCCUUGCAUCCUGCUAUUCCACCAGGACCCAUCGUACCUGGCAUCCCCCCUCCACCGGUUGCGGGGCAGGAGCCAUUGGAUGGUGAUUCGACCAGGUUGGAGAAGAGGACUGAGGUUGCCGAUGAAAUUUUCAGAGGGGAACCUCCUCUUGGGUGGUACGAACCCCACACCGGCAUUUGGCACUACCGAGCGGACACUCAACCAACUCAAGCAAAGCUAACGCAUGCACCGCCAACACGCGAAGCGCUUCUUGCAGACGCGGUCCUUGGAGGAUCCAAAAUCGGUUCAAACUCUUGGGGAAUUGCGAGUGUCAAAACCUUCAUGGAACUUCCUGAAGACGAGCAAAAGCCACCCACUGAAAUAACGAACGGGAAUGCAAACAAAGCUUGGGCAUUUUUGGAACAGCUCGCAUUUGCGGCCAUGGAUGUGGGAAGGCUGGAUAUAGCAGAUGAUUGUCUCGUUCUACUGGAUCAACAGUUUCCCGACUCCCCGCGUGUAACGGUGUUAAAAGGACAACGUCUUGAAGCCGAUGGAAUGCUUCAGGAUGCAUUAAAAAUGUAUGUUUAUUAUCUUACAAAAGAGGACGAGAACUACGUGCCUAUUCGUAAACGACUUAUAACAACUUUGCGAAGUCUCGGGAAGAUCACUGAGGCAACCGAAGAACUUGUCAAAUACCUAGACAUUUAUUAUGCUGAUCUUGAAGGGUGGCUUGAACUUGCAGAUAUCUACGCGACGUGUAAUCUAUAUGAUAAUUCCUUGUCUGCGCUUGCCCAUGCCCAACUCAUCGCACCCCAGACACCCCAAAUUGCCCUUUGUAGCGCCGAAACAGCUUACACAACAGGCAAUAUCGAUCUUGCUCUCAAAUCCUUUUUGCGCGCCGCAGAACUCUGUGGAUCCGGGCCAGGAAUUCAGCCUGGAGGGACUGAGACCCGAGCAUGGCUUGGCGUAAAAUUGGAUACUUGGCGUGAGGAAGAAGAGGCGUGGAUCCUUCUUACCGAGGAUCACUCCCACGUCUGUCAAAUGGAGGGCCUCCCGGCUUCGGUCAGGAGAGACAUCCUGGCGAGUGUGUAUAAUGACCAUGACAGGACGCCUGCGGUUUAUAUUUGUUUAAGCAAACUUCCAUCCAGUGCGAAAAACCCCAAACUGUUGGAAGAACUCUCUACCGAGCGUAUUCUUGCUGCGUAUUCAAAGACUGAUGGGUCGGCCAAACCUAACGAUGCGGGGCGAGCAGCUAUGCUCCGAUGGCUAGGAGCCAGCCAAACUCCCAAAUAA